AUGUUAAUAUCGUUUGGAAAAACGUAUGCAAUCACUGAUAAACAACCAACAAUGAUUGAUUGUCAUUUAAUGCCACGUUUACAUCAAAUACGCGUCUUGUUAAAACAAUUUGAUAAUGGUGAUGAUAUCCCCUUGAUUUUCAAUGGUAUAUGGAAAUAUUUAUCCAUAACAUAUGAAUGGUAUAUAUUUUGUCAAUGGUGUCCAAGUGAUCAAGAAAUACAAAUACAUUGGAUGAUGAAAUCAGAAUAUUCAAGAGUAAAACCACGUGAAUAUCGUUUAAAAAUGAUUGAAUUAAUUCGUUCAAAACCUACAUAUAGUUUUCAGGAUUUUCCAAACGUUGAAGAUACUAAAUUAUAG